AUGUCGUCCUGUCCAAAGAAAAAUGCGCAAAAGGAAUGGCCGAGAAUUGAAAAUGGUUUUGGCGUGAAUGUCAAUGUUUUAGGCGAAUCUAUGAUCAAGUUUCGCACCGCGAGGGUCAGAGAACUUGUGACGUGCGUCAGUUCAGAGAGGCAUCUUUAUUUAUCCAUUGAUAUCAUUUUGGUGACAAUGCAGAUCAAGGUCGUCGUCGUUGAAAUGCUUCGAUCGGAUGCAAUUGGGGCAUUGAAGGUCGGUGCAUACGAUGAGGAGUUGCAGAACUGUUUCCUGUUUCAAAUGUGCCUGCUCAGAUGUGCCUGCAAAACAUUAUUUUUAACUUUUGCGCCAAAAGAGCGUCUGAAAAGCACGUUCACGUCAAAGGAAAUGAACGAAGUACAAUCGCGUGUAUUGCAGAGUCCAUCGGCGGGACUUCAAGACACUCCACCAAUCAGGUCUGACCUGAAAACUUGUUCGCCACCAACAAUUCGAGGACUUUUUGAGUUUCGUUUGGUGCGAUUGCCUAUAAAACCCACACGAAGUGAGAGUUGUGUGGGAAAGGGAUACGCACCGAACGAUCAUUCAAAAGAGUACAGGAAUAAUAAGUGA